UUGCUCGGACAUUCCGGAGUCCUCGGGUGUCCGAGGACAGGUCAACGCCCGUCUCUCGCUGCUCCUGCUCGAGCUUUGCUGUACUCGGUGCUCUCCCUAGUAGAGACAACCUACAACAAGCGUACCAUCAGGAAACGAAACCGGAGGCUAGCGGCGUCGGAGCGACGGAGUGAAGGAUGGGGAUUCCGAGUGACGAAGUGGUGAUCAUUCGGCCGCCGGAGAGGCCGGAAGAUCCGAGCUUGAUCACUGUCAGUUGCCCUGACAAGACCGGACUCGGAUGCGAUCUCUGCCGCGUGAUUCUCCUAUUCGGGCUGAGCAUUGUGCGAGGAGAUUUCAGCACGGAUGGGAGAUGGUGCUACGUGCUGUUCUGGGUUGUGGAGAGAGGAAGGAAGGCGACAAGGUGGGAUUUAUUGAAGAAGAGGCUCGUGGAAGCAUGUCCGCAUGCUUCCUCGCUAUUGGGGAUCGAGAUCUACAGCUUCAGCAGACACACCGACCAGAGACCUCAAGUCUUUUUGCUCAAGUUCUCCUGCUAUGAUAGGAUGGGCCUGUUGCAUGAUGUGACAGAGGUACUCUGUGAGCUUGAGCUUACAAUUUGGAGGGUGAAGGUCUCGACAACACCAGAUGGAAGAGUCUUCGACAUGUUCUUACUCACAGAUACCAGGGAACUUCUGCACACAAAAAAUAGGCAAGAAGAAACAUGCACUCAGCUGAGAGCUGUUUUAGGUGAUUCGAUGUGCACUUGCGAUAUCGAUAUGGCAAGUGAAGAAAUUGCUGCAUGCUUGCAAGCAUCAGCCUCUCUUCCUCCUUCUAUGACCGAAGAUAUGCUUACUCAAGAAACCCAAUAUGAAGCUUAUAAUCCUGUUGCUAGUUCCUCCCCUCUCUCAGUUUCAGUGGACAACUCUCUCAGCCAGGCUCAUUCACUUGUUCAAAUUCAAUGUCAUGACCAUAAGGGCCUCCUCUAUGACAUCAUGAGAACUCUCAAAGAUUACAAUAUGCAGAUCUCCUAUGGACGGUUCGAUGCAGCUGAAAAUGGAAAGUGCAAUAUAGAUUUGUUUGUGGUUCAAAAUGAUGGUAAGAAGAUUGUUGAUCAAAACAAACAGGAUGCUUUGUGUUCUCGGCUGAGAAUGGAACUAUCCAGUCCUCUGCACAUAACUUUGGUUAGUCGAGGGCCUGAUGUAGAACUUUUAGUGGCGAAUCCUGUCGAACUAUGUGGCAAGGGUCGUCCACUUGUUUUCUAUGAUAUCACACACGCACUCAAAAUGCUGGAGAUCAGAAUUUUUCUGGCAGAGAUCGGCAGGCAUGUCGUUGGUGAUCGGGAGUGGGAAGUUUACAGAGUUCGCCUCGGGGAUGAUCAUGAGCUUUGCGCAUCGCGGGACAAAAUUGUGAAGGGAGUCACUAAAAUGUUGAUGGGUUGGCACUAACCCGACAAUGAGUCAAUUGAUAUGUACAUACACACACAUAUACAACUCGAUCACCGUAGGAUGCUCGCUCCAGGUCCCUAUCAGCCGAAGACCUAAUUCUACGAUGGUGGAUUUGGCCAGUAGGAGUAUGUAUGCAAGAUCUAAAAUGAUUCUCUUAAAGAUUCAACAAUCAAACUAGUUUCGACUUGUUCAAAUGUAUGCUUCAUGUUUCCUUACCUGUGUCGGAUGUUGAUGCCCUUAUUUUCCGAAUUUUUCUUUUCUCCACUUGUGAGAAAUGUCCAAGAUCCUGAGUCUGGUUUCAAUACCGGAACAGGGAUAAUCGCUCAGAGUAACUUAAUUGAUACUGCAACUUCA